CAGAUGUAAAGACAGCAGAACUCAUAUUUAAGAUAAAGAGUAACACAGUGAUGCCACUACUUCCGGAAUUGGCCCUACAGUGAGAAAGAGUGUGGUGGUCAACUUCAAAUAUCAGAAUUUGAGUACCAUUUAAAAACAGCAAAUUGUCAGUUACUUAGUUUUAUAUAUAUAUAUUUUACCACAGUUGAGAGCACCAUUUGGAUUUUUAGUCUUAGGUGCCAGAGUUUUUGGCCUCAUCACUGCAAAUGGAGUUUGGUGUUUCCCUUUUGGGCAUUAUGCAACAGGGAAGCACAUGAGUUUCAGAUAAAAAUAAAACUUUUGCAGGUUUUGCGUACCUUUGACAAUGGAAGGUUCCUCAGAAGGAAAUGGUCCAGCAGGAGAACAAUCUGCGGCUGCGGGGCUGGUAGGAGCAAUUAGCACUUGCACUAAAGAGCAAAAACAACAGAUUCUUGAGUUGCCAGGCGAAGGGGAUCAGUGGAAAAAGAAGACGCAACAAAUAGAGCGUCAGCUGAAAUGCCUGGCAUUUCAAAAUCCGGGACCACUUCUAGCAGACUUCAACCCUGAAACCCGAGAGCAGCAGAAGAAAGCCUGCCUGUCAAUGAUAAACCAGGAUUGUUUUAACAAUACAAAGAAACCCGUAAAGAAAUAUGACAAACACGGCCGGCUGCUUUCCAGUAAAGCGGAUUUGUGUGACUGUCUGGAGAAGAACUGCUUAGGCUGCUUCUAUCCCUGCCCUAAAUGCAAUUCCACCAAGUGUGGGGCAGAGUGUCGCUGCAACCGGAAAUGGGUUUACGAUCAGAUUCAAAUAGAGGCUGGGCCGGUUAUCAGAUUUCCGUUUUGAACAGCUUUUUACCUGACCACUGUUGUUGUGAAACAGAGGCUGGACUUACUUACUUACUUACUUAUUUAUUUAUGAGAUAGGGGGGUGUUAUUCCUCCUGUUAGAGGAACAAAAUGCCUGACGUGCAAAGAUGGGUAGCAGAGCUGUCAGGGUGUGACAUGCAGACCAUAAUAUUGAGUGUGGAAGAGAGCGGAGCUUAACACUUUCACCACCCGCCACUUAUCUGCUCCAAAUCACUCCCCAAGCAGUCUUUUCCGCCUGUGGGGGCCAAAAUACAUGCACAGCCACAUUUUGAACACUAGGUGUGUGGAGCUGGAAAAGGGCAGAUGAAAAAGUUCAAGCACUUUCUCAUAUCUUUUUAUUUGCUCUGAGCCAGGUGUUGGUUCAUAAUAUGUUGCCUAGCCUCUGAGUUUCUUCAAUUUAAACAAGUUAGGAGUUGGAAUUGGCUACUAGGAAGUUUAUUUAAUCUUUCUCAUCUGUUAAGGCUAUAGAGGAAGGGGGGGCGCGAUUUGAACAUUUUCGUUGGACAGUUCCAGCUGCCUUGGGAAUAAACCAAUUCAAAGCCAGCAGAAGCAAAUUAAAGAAAAAGCAGGCCCCCCCUCUUUAAAAGCUUAUUAUUUCUUGACUGCAUCUAUACCUGCCUCAUAUAGAUUAUUGUACCCUAUUAUUGCUCAGGUGAAAAGACUGUGCCCUCCUGAAAAUCACACUGCAAAGUGACUCUUGCAAACAGAAGGAAGAAAGGGGGAACCAAGGAAUUCAAGAUUAAUGAAAGCCUCUUCUUGUUCCCCAACGGGCUGCUGCACAACUCGAAAAUUGAUUCCUUCUGUGUUUAUCAUCUGUGCAGAACAAGGGGCUAUCAAAGUAAAUGUUUAAGUCCUUGAGCAAAGUUGCAGAAAAUAAAGUUGGAUAUAAAUAA